CAAACUGAAAGAAAUUAUUACCUACUAUCUAACAAAAAGAGCUUUGCAAUAUUUUAUCUUUCAAAUGAUGUACUUAUUUACUUGAUUUAUUCACGCUUUAAGCAUUUUCGUGCACAGCCGAGCGAAGUUGGCAGCGCAUGACAGUGCGUCUGGCCACAUUGAUCUUACGUGCUCGCUCGCUCUGCUGGCUGUUGUGGUUGUAGGCUAGUGGCAUUUUGUUACCGCUCACGCUGUUUUUUCUUUCUCUUGUGCUGUCGAGCAUGGUUGGGUAAACUACGCAAUAUGCCUGGAUGCUGCUGUGCACCGGGGUGCAACUCUAACUAUGCUCAUGGACCUAAAGCGCGCGUCUAUCGGUUUCCGAUGGACGCCGACCAACGAACCGCAUGGACGAGAGCGAUCCCUCGCAAGGAUUUUGCGCCCACAAAGUACACUGUGGUGUGUGAGAAGCACUUUCUUACAAGUGAUUUCGUGACCACUUCGACCUAUCGAGAUGAGAAAACCGGACGAGUACUUGAAGUUCCUCUCCAGCUGAGACGACUCAAGUCUGGUGCUAUCCCGAGCCUAUUUCCAAACUGCCCUUCAUAUCUUUCUCGUCCCACUACUGUUGUCCGGGAAGGCCCUGAAGAGAAGCGGCUUCGUCUAGAGGGAGAAUCACUACAGGAGGCAAUAAGGCAGUCCGUUGAAGCUCACGAAGAAGAGAAGAAAAAGAAUAACAUCAGUACUUUUGACGACUUGCUCAUCGCUCUGACAAGUUUCCAGACAAACACCUUCUGGACAAAACUUGUUACUCACGACAAAGUCCUCUUCCUAAACUUCGAUUCUCAAGAAGCUCCAACUGUGCGGUUUUCUGUAACAGUGUCAGCUGAUUUGAUCGUGAAAGUGUUUGUUGGUGACGUGCAGCUUAACAAGCUCGGGACCCUCGUGCUUCCUGUUUGUUUGUGUGAUGUGCGGGAAAUCGACAAGGUCCUUAUUGCUGUGCAAAGUUUGGCAGGAAACUUCUCCGACAGUGAAGAACGCUUGCAGAUUGUCUUGAAGAAGACAGUGGAAACACUGGAGGAACUAGCGUCACAAAGUUUCCCACACGAGUGGCAAGUAGAAGUUGUCAAGUUCGUAAAACAACAAGUCGGCAUUUUACUGAGCCCAACUUCGAGAUACCCUGCGGACUUGCUGGUAUUUGCUAGCCUUGUGUUCACAAUAUCUCCCCAUGCGUACAGAUUUAUUAGGUCCACAUCAAAGUUCAAACUUCCACAUCCCGACACAAUUAGACGUGUCUGUGGGUCAUACCGUGUGAACCCAUGCUCUGAGCAACAAGAUGCUUUAUUUCUGUCGUAUGCAAAGAGGUUGGCCGUAGGAAUGGAUGACCACGAAAAACUGUGA